AUGGAGGCUUAUAGGCGUUUUAAGCAAAACAACCUCUUCCUAUCCCUGAAGAAAGGCCUCGCCAUGGUUGCUCAGCAAGUCUUUGUGGCCGAGGAGUGGGUUCACGAAGCCCGUAAUGAGGCCAACGCUGAGGCCCUCUCCCGUGCCGAUGUUAAGAAGUCCUUGGGGGCCCUCAAACAAGAAAAGGCAGAGCUGUCCGAAAAGCUGAAGGAAGCGGACAAGGCUUGCCUGAGUGUCGAAGCAGGUUUAAAGACCGUGGAAAGGCAGGCCAAGGAUCAACGCCAAAAGCUGCACUUGACUAAGAUAGACCUAGCCACCCAAAGGCAGCUAGUCACAGACCUUAAGGUUAAGCUGCAGAAGGCCAAGGAGGUGGCUGAAGGGGACAAAGACAAGGGUAAGGGUAAGGAGAAAAAGCCCUCCUCAGAAGCCAAGAACACUGCCAAGGACAAGGAAGCUGUAGCAAAGGAGAAGGAAGUAGAGGCCAAGACCAAAAAAGCUGAUCCUAAGGCCAAGGACACUCCUACCUCUUAG